AUGCAUGCGUCAUUUGAUCAAUAUAAGUUUGCAGUUUUUCUUUUUCUUGAUAGUAUUUUUGUACUUCAGAUUCUAUUUGAGGAAGGAAAACGUGGUCACGCCUUGGCAAGUCUUGGGACGCUGCAGCAAAUUCAGAAGAAAACAUCUAUUUAUUUGAGGGAAAGGGUUAACAAUGCUUUUUGUUUUGUAAUAUUUAAGCAACAAACUGGAUUUUCUGCUUCAAUCAAGCUACAGGUAGUAAGUGAUCCAUUAAACUUUUUGUUAAAGAAAAAAAUCCUAGUUAGAAAGCAUGAAGUUGGUUGGUUUUUCUUCUUUUCAGUAGAAAAGCGCAAAACAAUCAAACCGAAGCAGAAGGAAUCACAGGAAACUGAAAUGACAUAUGGAUUAAAAUACAUACGGCAUAUUCCAAGACAAAAAUAUGAAAGCGGCUUUAUCAGAAGUGCACAUGAAGUUAAUCCCAUCUCCAACAAUUUGAUGUUUCAAGUAACAGGCAGAUAUUUCAAAAAUUCAGUGAGCAAAAGGGAGUUUGUGAUCUUGGAAGUUCAUCCAACCGACAGUAAGUCUUCAGAAAAUACUUUUAUUUCAUUUGCUUUGAUUAAUAACUGUCUAAAUUGUGGGAGUUUUAUUCGAUCACACAAUGCUAGGAGUAUUGUAAUACACGUUUGUUAA